AUGGCUGCCGAUUAUCAGCGGCACGAGUACACGACGGCUUAUCAGCCCAAGCACCAGGAGUACACGACCAAGCACAUGGAGUACACCACGGCUUACGAGGCGCCCAAGCAGGAGUACACCACGGCUUACGAGGCACCCAAGCAGGAGUACACCACGGCUUACGAGGCGCCCAAGCAGGAGUACACCACGGCUUACGAGGCGCCCAAGAAGGCUUACACGACCAAGCACAUGGAGUACACCACGGCUUACGAGGCGCCCAAGCAGGAGUACACGACGGCUUACGAGGCACCCAAGCAGGAGUACACCACCAAGCACAUGGAGUACACCACGGCUUAUGAGGCACCCAAGAAGGCUUACACCACCGCCUACGUCGCACCAAAGCACCAGGAGUACACGACCAAGCACCAGGAGUACACCACGGCUUACGAGGCACCCAAGCACCAGGAGUACACCACCGCCUACGAGGCACCCAAGCAGGAGUACACCACGGCUUACGAGGCACCCAAGAAGGCUUACACCACCAAGCACAUGGAGUACACCACGGCUUACGAGGCACCCAAGCAGGAGUACACGACGGCUUACGAGGCACCCAAGCAGGAGUACACCACCGCCUACGAGGCACCCAAGCAGGAGUACACCACGGCUUACGAGGCACCCAAGAAGGCUUACACCACCAAGCACAUGGAGUACACCACGGCUUACGAGGCACCCAAGCAGGAGUACACGACGGCUUACGAGGCACCCAAGCAGGAGUACACCACCGCCUACGAGGCACCCAAGCAGGAGUACACCACGGCUUACGAGGCACCCAAGAAGGCUUACACCACCAAGCACCAGGAGUACACCACCGCCUACGAGGCACCCAAGUACACCACCAAGCCCGCCUACCCACGCUACACCCAGCACCAGGAGUACACCACACGCCCCGUGUACACCACGCAGCCACCCGUGUACACCACGCAGCCACCCGUGUACACGACAGAGGCCGUGUACACCACACGCCCCGUGUACACCACCAAGCCACCAGUCUACACCACCAAGCCACCCGUGUACACGACCAAGCACCAGGAGUACACGACGGCCUACGAGGCGCCCAAGAACGAGUACACGACGAAGAACGACUACGCCUACGCCGACAACAACUCUGGCGCCUCUGGCGCUGGGGAUGCCGCUGCAGGCCUCUCUGCGGGCGCCAUUGCCGGCAUUGUGGUUGGCGCGCUGCUGCUUGUUGGCGCUGUUGUUGGUGGCGUCUUCUUCGCCAAGCACCGCGCCAACGCCUCUUCCUCCUCGUCCUCCGCCGUUGAGUCCGUCUAA